AAAAAAAUAAUACAAUAUGGCUGUUGAAGAAUAAAGACACACGACUAUCGAGUAUCGAGUGAUUACGCACGUAAAUAUAUAACCAAAAAAUUUAGGUUUAAUAUUUAAGUUAGAAAAAAGUUGCAUCAGCAAAUAAAUAAAAAUGCCAGUACCAGGUGGACAAUAUCAACAAAGUGGCCCAUCAUGUUUCGACAGAAUGAAAAUGGGUUUUGGAAUUGGUUUUUGUGUUGGAUUGGCAUCAGGAGUAAUUUUUGGAGGCUUCACAGGACUCAGGUUUGGUCUGAGAGGAAAAGAGCUGAUAACUAAUGUUGGAAAAACAAUGAUUUCUGGUGGUGGUACAUUUGGAACUUUUAUGGCAAUUGGAACUGGCAUUAGAUGUUAAAUUUAUUAAUAUAAAAACUAGCUCAUCAGUAUAUUUAACUGUGGCUAAAUUAUUAUUAAAACUUAAAAUUUAUCAAUAAAAUAAUUAAAUAUUCCAAAUAAAAAAUGCGUUAAUAAAUUUAAAAAAUAAUAAAAAACAAUAGUAAA